UCCACAUCAAGUCCAACAAACAACAACCAUCUAUCAAACCAAUUUUGCCGUUGCUAUGGUUAUGGUGAUGACACCUGAAUCCGAAGCUUUGUUGAAUCUGUUGAAUGGAGGUGGAGGUAAUGGCGGUCUGCUCGGUGGUGUUUUGGGAAAUAACGGUUUACUGGGAGGUAUCUUAGGAUCAAACGGUUUACUCGGAGGUCUGUUGGGACAAAAUGGUUUAGUUGGAGGUCUAUUGGGAUCAAAUGGUUUAGUCGGCGGUGUUUUGGGAGGAGACAAAGACUCAGUUGAAGCUAGUGCCAAUGUCCUGGCUAAGCUGAACGCCAUCAUUAGCGACGGAGUUGCCACCAAAGCUGAAUUGGGAGCUGCCUUGGGUAUAAGUGGAGCAGGAUUAGAUGGUCUUAUUGCUGAUAUUGAUAUCAAUGCUGAUGCUAAGAUUAAUUUGAAAGAACUUUUAGAUUUGGAAAUCCUCGUUAUCUUACAAGGUCUUCUAGGUUUGGAUCUAACCAACAUCUUAGGUAACCUUGGUAACUUGGCUAACCUCGGUAACAUUGGAAAUCUUGGUAACCUAGGAAAUGUUGGUAACGUUGGUAACCUACUAGGUUAGGAUGAGGAAUGCAGACAAUUCAAGACCGUCAAAGAUUUAAAAUAAAUUAUAAAGCAU